AUGCAUAAUAGUAAUGUGCCAUUUUAUUUAUAUAUUUGUAGCCGACGUUUCUUGUAUAUAGUGAAUUUGGAUUCCCCUUCAGAUGGGCACAAGAAGAUAUCCCGCCAGAGCAAAUGGGACAUUGGAACUGUACAGUGGAAUCCUCAUGAGACGUACUCACAUUUCUUUGCAGCUUCUAGUAACCAGCGUGUUGACCUUUACAAAUGGCAGGAUGGAUAUGGAGAGAUUCACACAUCAUUGCAAGGCCACACUAGAGUUGUCAGUGACUUAGAUUGGUCGUGGUAUGAACCAGACUUGCUAGUAACCAGUUCAGUCGAUACAUACAUUUACAUUUGGGACAUCAGGGACACCCGCAAACCAACUGUCUCCCUCUCUGCUGUAGCUGGUGCCUCUCAGGUGAAAUGGAACAAGAAGAACAGGAGCUGCUUAGCAACUAGCCAUGAUGGUGAUGUCCGCAUCUGGGACAAAAGGCGACCCAAUACUGCUGUAGAAUAUGUAGCAGCACACUUAUCAAAGAUACAUGGAUUGGAUUGGCACCCAGACAAUGAAAACAUUCUAGCAACAUCUAGCCAGGACAACUCUGUGCGGUUCUGGGAUUACCGUCAGCCUAGGAAGUACCUGAAUAUACUCUCCUGCCAAGUUCCGGUAUGGAAGGCCAGAUACACGCCCUUCAGUAAUGGCCUGGUGACUGUAAUGGUGCCCCAACUUCGAAGAGAGAACAGUCUUUUGCUGUGGAAUAUUUAUGAUCUAAAUGUCCCUGUUCACACCUUUGUGGGGCAUGAUGAUGUGGUACUCGAAUUCCAGUGGAGGAAGCAAAAAGAAGGCAUUCAGAUUGCAAGGUUACCAGUGAACAAGUUAUCCAGUCUACGAAAUCAGGCAGUACAACUGCUUUCCCAUCAGACACCAUCUGCUGGACUAGUUCUUCAACUUCUAGGAUCAAUGGCAGCUUCCAUUACUUUGGACAAGCUGUGUGUCAAUGAUAUGAUUGAUGCUGUUGAUGACUUUGUUGAAGGCAUGAAUCUUUUCCAAGAUGCAGAGAAAGUAAUCCCAUCACAGGAUGCAGAGCAACAGCAGACGGGUGUUCAAAGCAAUGAUGACGAAGAUGCUUAUUGUGUCUUGGAUACUGUUGCAGAUGUGAAGGCAGAGUUGCAGACAAAUCGUACAGCUGGAGGAAAGUCAGAGCAGCAACCACAGACUCUGCAGCAAGAGUUUUCCUUAGUAAAUUUGCAGAUUCGCAAUAUUAAUGUUGAGAUGGAUGCUGUGAAUCGUAGCUGUACAGUCUCUGCACAUUGUGGCAACCACAGAGUCAAGAUGCUUGUAAAAUUUCCUGGCCAGUACCCAAACAAUGCUGCUCCCUCCUUCCAGUUUAUUGCACCAACCACAAUUACUUCCACCAUGAAGGCAAGAAUACUCAAGAUCUUGAAGGACACAUCAGUACAGAAAGUUAAGCGGAAUCAAAGUUGUCUUGAGCCAUGCCUACGUCAGCUGGUCUCUUCGCUUGAAUCAUUUGUGAAACAGGAAGACACUGGAUCUACCAAUCCUUAUUCUCUUUCUACUCCCGUGUCCUCACCACUUCCAGCAUUCCCACGAGUCAGCAACACUUAUGGAUCUUACCAGGAUGCCAACAUUCCAUUCCCUCGCACCUCUGGAGCCAGAUUUUGUGGCGCAGGUUGCCUUGUAUACUUUACAAGACCAAUGACAAUGCACCGUACUGCCCCAGCAACAGAGCCAACUCCCAGGUCCUUAUCAGCACUGUCAGCUUAUCAUAAUGGGCUAAUUACUCCAAUGAAAAUCCGAACAGAUUCUCAGACUAACCUGAGGCUGUACAGUGGCAGCCCUACCCGAAGUGAGAAGGAACAGGUUUCCAUUAGCUCAUUCUAUUACAAGGAGCGGAAGUCAAGACGAUGGAAAGGAAAGAGGGAGAGUAAUGAAUCCGGCAAUCGACCUAUCAAAGCUGCUGGGAAAGUCAUCAUCCAGGAAAUAUCUUGUCUCCUUCCAGUUCACAAGUCGCUAGGAGAAAUGUACAUCUUAAAUGUAAAUGACAUUCAGGAGACAUGUCAAAAGAAUGCUGCUGCAGCUGUCAGUGUGGGACGUAGGGACCUUGUGCAGGUAUGGUCCCUUGCAGCUCUGGCAACAGAUAUUUGCCUCAGCCCAAAUUCUGAUCCAGAUGCUGAGACACCUUGGGCACAGCACCCGUUUGGACGACAUCUGUUAGAAUCAUUACUGGCCCACUACAGUCGCAUUCACGAUGUUCAGACACUGGCCAUGCUUUGCAGUGUAUUUGAAGCUCAGAAUAGACCUCAGGAUUUCUUUAAUUAUUUUGGACCCUUUCCUCAGCGGUCUGCCAUGUUUCCACACCACUACAGAUAUCCUAGCUAUAACUCUUCAGGUUCCUGUUCCAGUACCUCAGAUGUAGGGUUUGUCGGCGGAUGGAAUAUAGUAGUUCGGGAUCAGGAACACCUGUCCCCAUGGAGUGAGUCUUCACCUGAUGAUAUUCGCUUCAGUGGUCAGAUUUACAGUGACCCCCGUGAGCGAGAAAAAGAACAGCAUGACAAAAACAAAAGAUUACUUGAUCCGGUCAACUCCCAGCAGUACGAUCACUUUAAGAAGUGCUAUGGAGAAAUCCUUUACCGCUGGGGUCUACGGGAAAAACGUGCAGAAGUGCUAAAGUUCAUCUCUUGUCCUCCUGAGUCACAUAAAGGCAUUGAGUUUGGUGUGUAUUGCUGUCAUUGUCGAAGCGAGGUUCGAGGAACACAGUGUGCCAUGUGUAAGGGUUUUACAUUUCAGUGUGCCAUAUGUCAUGUGGCAGUGAGGGGCUCUUCCAACUUUUGUCUGACUUGUGGUCAUGGAGGUCACACUAGUCAUAUGAUGGAGUGGUUUCGCACACAGGAGGUGUGUCCAACAGGGUGUGGCUGUCACUGUCUACUGGAAAGUACAUUCUAGGUAGUUAAUAAUUUACAGUACUGAAACCAGUAAAAAGUACCUCUUUACUUGAUGCUAAAGCCUUCUACAUGGAUGUCCAAACAGCUUGAAAAAGCAUUACUGAGCACAUUGAAGCAUGCUUUCCAGAAUGGAGAUGUACAGAAGUUUCACCUGUUUCCUCUGGCAGAAGAAUAAAUCAUUGAGCUCCGUCCUGUGGUGGCAGGACCUGAGCUACUCAGUACAGCUUGUAGAAACACCAGUACUGCAAAUGCUUAUUCAUGUUUACUUGAAAAGGAACAAAAUUUUGUGCGCUUCUAGUCAAUUACUUAUUUUCCAGGUAUCCGAGUAUGUUUUUGUGUACUCUGGAUGGACUUCACUUUUGUUAUAUGAUGCCAUGUCAGACUUUAUUUUCAUGUUGGCAGGUUUCCUCCAGAUUUAUUUUCUACCAUGUGACUAAGGAAGCAAGUGCCAAAUUUUCUCUUUUUUUUUUUUUUUGAGGGGGGAGGAGUGGGAUAGUGGCUAUCACGAUUCUUCCAAUUCCAGCUGCUGAUAUUGAUUGGUCCAUGUCUCUUACACUCCGUAUUUGUGGCUUAUGAGAAUAUUUUGGACACCAUUCAGUAACCUCAGCAGGAUUUUGAUAUACAUUUUGUACAUUAUUUGAUGACCCUAACAGCCUCCUAAAACAUGCACAAAUAACUGUUGUGUCUUAAAGAUACAAAGUCACAAAUAUGGACACAACACCAAUAAUUUUGGUGACUGCAUGCAAAUAAUUGGAAUUUUAGAAAGUUAUGAAGUGAAUUUCAGUUUUACAGACGUGUGCAUAUAUAUCAUUAUGUAUCAUUCCUUGAAACCAGUUGUCAUUCUAAUUAUUUCAUGUUGUUUUAGAUGGCGAAUUUCAGUGUUAUUCUUCUGGGAGAUAUUUUUCCAUGACAGAUUACUAAAAAAAGACCUGGAUAUGCGUGCCCUUCAGUGUCAGGUACCAGAGUUCUAAUCUGAUAGAGCUAAAUUCAUACCUCCAGGUAAAUCAGCGUUUAGUUACUCAUAAACAAAUGCGAAAAUGCAGGAAUGUCCUCAGCUCCAUUUUAUUGGUGGUGCAUUGUUAUAUCUUUGUGUGCAGGUUUAGUAUGCACAAUAAUAAAUACAUCACUGCAAUACACUGUCCUAAUGCACAGCUUUGAGGGACAUUGUAAAGUACAAGACCAGCAGCCAAGUUUGCACAACCCCUGUUACAUAAAAACUUUGCACAGCCCUGAAGUGACUUAUCACAAUUAUCACUUAAUUUGUUUCUAAUUAUCUGUAAAUAGUAAUGCUCAGCAGGCUGCUAGUUACAAAGCUGAAAAAUAAUUUACCUUUGCAAUUCAUUUAAUGUGAAUGAUUCCAUGGAGAAACAUUUAAUAAAUUGAAAAUAAAUAACAAAACACUACAACGUAGACAUUUUUCUAUAAAAUGUCUCAUACAGGGGGUGGCUAUUUUUUUUUUUUUUUUUUUUUUUUAAUUUUAAACAUUAUGGUUUGUUAACAGGAGCUGUUUCUAUCUUCUUUAUUAACGUUUAUCCUUGUCUAGUAUUUUGGGCUAGGUUAAACAGUGGAGAGUUCUGCUGCAAAAUGGCACCAUGGAAUGAGGGAAGACAACUCACAAAGGGAUAUUCUUUCAGGUACCUGUUAGAUCUUCCAAUGAAAAAUACUUUUCAACAUGAAUUUUAAUUUAUUUACAGCUUUAGAAGUGUUGAGAAUUAACAAAGAUAAUGAACUAAGGACAGAGGCAGCCUAUGUUUGUCAACAGCUUGAUAUGUUGUAUCUUUUGGCUUUUCCCGGUUAGGGGUAGCCACAGCGGAACUCCGGUCCGCUAAUGAUUGGCAGUAGAUU